AUGUCAAAUUACAUCUCAAACUUUUAUAAAUCUACUAUUUCAAUCUUAAUCCUAUCAACUUCAGUUUUGAGUAAGAUUGCACCACAACCAGUCAGAAAACCUGCAAUAGCACAGCCAUUAAACGACUUGAUUGACAAAUUAUUUGUGCAAAAAGGAACUCACUUUGACAUUAUAUUGUAUGGAGGAUAUUUUUUUGAAGCCACUGACGUUAUUGAUGAAUUUCCAUCAUUAACUGGACUGAAAUAUGCUGAAAAAAUUAUUGUAACCUCGCCAUCAUGGAACCAUAUUAUGAGUAAAUCAGCCAUUUUGUUUUUCCCACAUUUAAGAUUUUUCAUGAAAUUCAGCUUACAAGUUAAAUUACAGCGUCUUUAUCACAAUCCAUUAAGAUUUAUAGUUUAUUGUGCGAAUAUGCAAGUCAAUGACCUUCAAAUGAUUUCCAAACCAUUUUAUCUCAACAUGUCACCGGGACAAAUUACACUUUAUGAAUAUUUCCUGAUUCAAUCACAAAUUGGACUUGAACUUAUAACUUUUGAGUGGUUCACAGAAACAGAAUGUAAUUAUCCUAUGAUUAUUUCAAUGAAUUUCUUCAAUACGAAUCUCAUGCGAUGGAAGAAUGAAUUGAUAAUUCCUGAAAAAUUUAGAAAUUUCCAUGGAUGCAUGCUAACGAUUGGGGUUACUGUAGGGCGAAUGCAUACCGCUUUAGAUGAAAAAAAUAGACCAGCUGGACCUUCAAUUGAUCUUUUUAAAGCAAUGGCUACGUUGGGAAAUUUUACAUGGAACUAUCAACUUAUGGUAAAUGAUAUGUAUCGAGGAAUGGUUGGAGUACCAAGAAAUGGACGCAUAAUAGACAUUCAAAUAUAUUUUCAAGUUCCUAGAGUUGCAUUUUCUAGAAUCACGGAUAUCAUGCAUUUAACAACUCCUUUUAUCGAAGAAAGAGUCUCAUUUGUUUUGACAGAAGCUGAACCUUAUUCAUCGUAUGAAAAGUUACUACUUCCAUUUGAUACCUUAACAUGGAUAUUUUGCUUAACAAUUUUUUUAUGUGCAUUUACAUGCAUUUUUGUGAUCAAUUUAACUUCGCCAAGCAUGCAAAACUUAGUUUACGGACAAAAGGUGACAACACCAGCCUUAAAUGUCAUUGGUAUAUAUUUUGGAUCCUCGCAGAUAAAGCUGCCGUUUGAAAAUUUUCCAAGAAUAAUUCUAGUGACAUUCAUCUUAUUCUGUUUGGUACUGAGGACAGCUUAUCAAGGAGUUCUAUUUGAAAUGGUUGCUGGAGACAUGAGGAAGCCUUUACCGAAAGUGAUUGAUGACUUGUAUAAAAUGAAUUACACAAUAAGUGUUGGUGAAGAUCUGGAAGAGUCUUUAAAUGAAACUAUAUCUUUUGAACGAAGUUACCAAAAAAUUCUUCGACUUUAUCAAAAUCAUUUUCCAACUUCAGGUGGCUUCUUAAAAGAGGAUUUAUACUCUUUCAUUUCUGGAUUUAUGAUGUUUCAUUUUCAUUUCUUAUUUGAACUUACGGAUGUAACAGUUCAAGCUCUAAUAACUGGCGGAAUAAUACAGCACUCAUUUGCAAUGGAAGAGUUUUCAAUGAAUCAUGCAAUUUAUGCUGAAUCAAUAACUGUUCUUAAUACAAAGCAGAAGCCAAAAGUGUUGACAGUGGACGAUCUUUCAUAUGGAUUUACAUUGUGGCUAGUUGCUCUUAUGAUUACGUUAAUUGUGUUUCUUUUGGAAUUAACAGCCUUUCAUUUGGGAAUGAGAAGCUAUAAAAUAUUGCGUCAUCGAGUUUGUAAGAAAGUUUAG